AUGUCCGACGCGCCUGCACCCGCUGCGGAGGGAAGCGCAUCUCGCCCGAGGCCAUCGAGACGUGGAGGCCGAGGUCGUGGCAAUCGCGGUCACCGACGCCCUCAGACGCAAAAUACAGAACGCUCUCAUGAUGCACAACCGCCAACUCAGCAGCCGUCACAGAUUCAAUCUACCCAGAAUUCGCCAUCAGACCCUUCCGCUGAUGCACCACGCUCUCGCAGAGGACCACGGAGGGGAAGAGGUGGAGGUCGGGGCGGCGGUGCACCCUCGGAGGGCAGCAGUCGUCGACAGAGACACCGAGGCGGAGACCGAGGGACAACCAGUACGGGCAGACGGUUCGAGGGACGCUUAACGAAAGCAGAGCAUGUUCCGGAGGACGAACAGAUUGAUGCGGCAGUGGAUACGAAUGAUUUAGGAUUGAGGGCCGACGCGCCUGCAUUUGUGCCAGGAACUCAACCAAAACAUGUCGCAAACGAGGCAACUCCCUCGACUACUUCUGCACCCGCAAAGAAGAAGCCUAAAGCUAAGAAUACCCCGCCUCCGCCGCCCAAAGUUACGACAAAAUCAGUAGCGCCCGACAUCGCCACUCGCAUUCACGAGGAUAUUGCUCACAACCUUUAUGAGUGUCCUAUUUGUACCGGAGAGCUGGGGAGGAGAUCGCGUGUCUGGAACUGUGGGACGCUGCUCGCCGCCAGGGAGAAGGAGACCCGACUACCCCUCGAGCCUGGCGCUGUCCUGGCUGUAACCUUCCCCAAGAAGUGUUUCCAUCAAACUACACUUGCUGGUGUGAGAAAGAUGUUGACCCGCGGCCGUUUCCCGGUCUUCCACCACAUUCAUGCGGCCAGACCUGUGCACGACAGCGUAAAGGCUGUCCGCACCCGUGCGAUGCGACCUGUCAUGCUGGACCCUGCGCGCCAUGUACAGCUAUGGGACCUACUCAAGAUUGCUUUUGCGGCAGGAAUUCGUCCACUAAGCGUUGUCAGGAUACCGAUUAUGAAAAUGGAUGGAGCUGCGGGGAAAUUUGUGGAGAUCUUCUGCCGUGCGGCGAACAUACUUGCUCUCGACCCUGCCACGAGGGUCUCUGUGGUGAUUGUGAGGAGAGGAUAG